AUGAGUUCACCUUGGAGUUCUCAGAUCACUUCUCUGUGGAGCUCCGGGGGCCCGACAGUCCAGAGGUGCCUCGAAAUGAGGAGAACUUGGUCGUGCAAGGUGCUGCCAACGCUUUCAAGGUGUGCCCGGGACGGUGGGACGUGGCUUGCCCUGUUUUGA